AUGAACUUGGCGACUCGUGGAGGGCAGACGGAAGAUAAGGCGAAUAGAUACAACAGGACCAAGUGGAAGGUCGAGGAUGAGCAAGCAGGAGCUGAGAUGUUCGAGUCUGCAAGACUGAGUUCUAACGAGGAGGAUGAGCGUGAGCGUGAGGCGCAGGAGAGGAGGCAGGCUGGCGUAGAGAAUGCGUCGAAGACUGGCGAAGAUUGCAGAGGCAAAGUCGUGACGACAAAUCCACGAUAG